AUUCAUCUUUAAGUUCUUUAAAAUCAAAUGAUUCAAAUUAUACUAAGAAAAAAAAGAAAGGAAAAUUUAAAGUAGUUGAUAAUUUAGAUACUGAAAAUUUAAAAGCAGAUUCAAAUUAUACUAAGAAAAAAAAGAAAGAAAAAUUUAAAGCAGUUAAUAAUUUAGAUACUGAAAAUUUAAAAGCUGAUAUCGAACAAGCAAGAAUUUAA